AGUCCCCUGCCCAUAAGCAUCCUGUCUAUCUCUAUGUUUAUCUGUUAUUCUCCUGGUUACAUCAGGUCUCAACGCAGAGCACCUUUAAACAGAACACCCUGAGAGUCAAGUCUCUCUCUUUUUGUCUUUCGCUUCCUGUCUUUUUCUCUCUUUCCUUUCUUUUUCAGAAUGAGAUCUCUGGCCAUGCUGGUCCUCCUCUUCUUCUCUCAGGGUCAAACUUCAACCCCAGAGGUCGAGAAAAGGUCAACGUGUGAUCAAUGUGACGAAAGUCUCUUCUGCAACUGCUCCUCCCGGAACUACCUACACGUUCCCACGGUAACCGUCACCGAGGUCGUAACCCUCGACCUCUCCUUCAACGACAUCAACUCGGUUGCUGAGGACGAUCUGAGAGAGUACACGUGGUUACGAACCCUUGAUCUCCGUAGCAACAGGAUCCAGAGUAUCCACGAAUGGGCCUUCCACCUUCUGCAGGGCCUGGAGUCUCUGGACAUGUCUUAUAACCAGCUGGCUGCUCUGAAUCCGGCCUGGUUCUCCAAGCUCCUCUUCCUACAACACCUCAACCUGCUGGGCAGCUGUUACAGGACCCUCGGCCCUGGAGGGACACCGUCUCUCUUCAGGUCUCUGACCAGGCUGAGGUUUCUGGGGUUUGGGAACCCUGCUCUGGAGGAGGUGAGGAGAGGAGACCUGGCUGGAGUCAGACAGUUGGACCAGCUGGAGGUCUACGGGAAUAACCUGAAGAGGUAUGACCCUGGAAGCCUGGGUGAUCUUUGGCCUCUGGGGGUCGUGACCCUGCGUCUCCGAGGACCAUUCCAGGACAACACGACACUCGUCUCCUCCAUCCUCCGUGACGUCUCCUACUCAGAAACCUUUCUGGUAGUCGCUGACGUCCUGCUGUCCGAGAAGACCUCCGUCGCACCGUUCAGAGAGACCAACCGGAGACGGGUGCGGUCCAUAAUGUUCCAGAACGCAACCUUGACGGACGAGGCCAUAGUUCACUUCAUGGAGGUUUGCCGAGUACACUAUAUACCACUGGUCCAUGGUACAGGCUCCUGGACGCCGGCUAGACGGACUCACCUUGACAACCUGGACACAGUCUACUUCAGAAACAUAGAGGUCAUGAAUGUCUAUAACUUCACUUCCUUCCUGCCUGUGGGGUUUCUACUGAAAAACCUCAGACAGAUCUCUAUCAUUAACUGUAAGGUGUAUGUGAUGCCGUGUCUGACCUCUCUCCUGUUGACCCAAAUGGUGUACCUGGACCUGAGUGGUAACCUACUGACCGACCUGACCCUGACGGAAUCUCUGUGUCACGGGAUUGGGAUCCUGAGGAAUCUCAGAGUUGUGCACUAUCCAGGGAAUAGGGCCUGGUCUAAAGUAGGCACUAUAAACCAAUGGGGCCCUGGUCUAAAUCUGGACAAACUAGUCCACCUGGACAUCAGUCAGAAUGCCUACACCUCCAUGCCUCCCACCUGCUCCUGGCCACAGAUACUGACUCACCUCAACCUCUCGAGGGCUAAGCUACGGAGGGUCACCCCCUGUCUACCCCCGACCCUGGAGAUCCUGGAUCUGGGACAUAACGACCUGACAGCCUUCCAUAGUGUUGCUCUCCCGGCCCUGAGGGAGCUGCACCUCUCUGGGAACAAGUUGAUGAGUCUGCCCCCUGGAUGGUUGUUCCCUAGCCUGGAGGUCCUCCUGAUCCAGAGCAACACUCUCAACAUGUUUGGGCCCUUGGACCUCCGACGCUACAGGAGGCUCCGAGCACUGCAGGCCGGUCAGAACAGGUUUGUGUGUUCCUGUGAGUUUGUCAACUUCAUGGUCUGGAGGUGGGGUGGAGCAGUAGAGGGCAGUGUUGAGCUAACAGACAGAUGGGAUAACUACCUUUGUGACUCACCGCUGCCCCUGCAGGGCCAGAGGGUCGACCGCGUCCAGCUCUCACCGUUCCAAUGCCACCGCGUCCUCCUCGUGUCCUCACUCUGCGGCUGCAUGCUCGCUUCCGGAAUCCUGUUUGUAAUUCUGCUCUGGAAGAUCCACGCCGUGUGGUACGUGAGGAUGAUGUGGGCGUGGCUUAAAGCCAAACGGAAUUCCGGGAACCAGAAGCGCCGGGAUGUCGUAGGGAAUGCCGAACCCCUCUGCUAUGACGCGUUCGUGUCGUACAGCGAGCAAGACGCAGAGUGGGUCGAAGAAUUCCUGGUUCCAGAGCUGGAGGAUUCCCAGCCUCCGCUCUCCCUCUGCCUCCACAAGAGAGACUUCCUGCCAGGCCACUGGAUCAUCGACAACAUUAUCCAUGCAAUGGAACGCAGCCGACGCACCCUCUUCGUCCUGUCGGAACACUUCGUCCACUCCGAGUGGUGCCGGUACGAGUUGGACUUUUCCCACUUCCGUCUGUUUGACGGGGACUCAGAGGCGGCCGUCCUGGUGCUUCUGGAACCCAUCUCCAAGGACGACGUUCCCAAACGCUUCUGCAAGCUCCGCAAGUUGAUGAGCUCCCGUACCUACCUGGAGUGGCCGCAGGAGGACGAGAGGAGGGCAGAAUUCUGGAGCAACCUCCGUCUGGCCGUGAGGGGCGGAGAUGAGCUGUGAUCCAACCGGGUUCCGGGAAGUCUGGAAUAUUCUCCGAAUUAUUCUCUUUUCUGCCGACAGUAAAGAUUGAUUGGUUGGUU